CUACCUUCUCUUCGCAUAAAGAUGUCAAACACAAGCUAGGACAGUGCUCACUGCUAACUCACUGACCGAUCACGCACACUAACGCAUUGGCGAACCACCGGUCCAACUAGUCCUUAUAAAGUCAACUUCUUUCUUUUCCGGCUAACUAUUUGAACGUACAUACACCUACCAACCCAGCCCAUCAUAUAAACCUCCAGUAGUUCCUCACCUCAAAUCUAAACCCAAUCCAUUCUAACUCCUUGCCCCCAUUUCUCUCUCUCUCUCUCUCCCUCUCCCUCUUCCUGAAUUGCAUGCAUCCUUUUCUAUAGCUAGCUUGCUAGUUUCUUGGUAAAUUUGGUAACUUGGUUAUAGACAAUCAUGAGGAAACCCUGCUGCGACAAGCAAGACACGAACAAAGGAGCUUGGUCGAAGCAAGAAGAUCAGAAGCUCAUCGAUUACAUUCGCAAACAUGGCGAGGGUUGUUGGCGUACCCUUCCUCAAGCCGCAGGCCUUCUUCGAUGCGGUAAAAGUUGCAGACUUCGGUGGAUAAACUAUCUACGGCCGGACCUUAAAAGGGGCAAGUUUGCUGAAGAUGAAGAAGAUCUCAUCAUUAAGCUUCAUGCACUCCUAGGCAAUCGGUGGUCGCUGAUUGCCGGAAGAUUGCCGGGACGUACAGACAAUGAAGUGAAGAACUAUUGGAACUCUCAUUUGAGACGAAAGCUUAUAACCAUGGGUAUAGAUCCAAACAAUCAUCGACCCACCAGCACUCUCUUCCCUCGGCCUCAUAAUCAUCAUCAUCAAAACCCACCACAGACACUAAAAUCUCCAGCUGGUUCUGCUAUCAAUAAUUUUAACCAUGAGCCAGUAGUGUUCGAGUCCAAAACUCCGCGUGGUGAUGAUCAAAAUUGCGAGCAGGUCUCGGAUGGCAGAAGUUGCUUAGAGGAUGAUUCUUCUUGUGGUGGUCAUCACCUGCCUGAUUUAAACCUUGAUCUCACUGUCCAUCUCAGGGUUUCUAAUGAUGAUCACCAAUAUCUCAGUAAGGAGCUCAAUCAUCUUCAUCUCAGAAUUAGUGACCCUCAUGAAAUGUCGGUUGGGACAAAGACUGAUAUAUUUGCCUCAUCUACCACGCUUCCUCUCUUCAGAUAAUCGUACAUUCUUCCAUCGACUAGCUAGCUAGCUGGUUAUUAAUUAAUUCAUCCAAUUUUGUGGAGGAUUUCCGCAAUAUGUAAACACUAAUUCUGGCUGGAGAACAAAGCCGGUUAUGAUUUAUUUUUGUCGAUGGGAGGGAGAUCAUGCCUAAAUUUGAAGAAAGCCUACUACCUAGCUUGUUUUUUGGGAGCGAAUUCAACAAAUUGGAAGAACCAUUUGUGGAAAGUUGGCAUGAGCUGAUUGAGCAUGAUAUAUAUCCAAGACCACAAUUAGGUCAAGGCUUUUGAAGACAUAGCUAGCCGCGCAUGAUGUGGAUAAUAUCCUCGAAGAGUAGUAAACAUUUAUAGAGCACAUAUGUGGUUAAUAAAAUGCACUACCUAUAUAUGUAAAUUUGUGAAUUAUUACAUGAACAAGUCCUGUAAUUUAGUUUUCUCUUUAGAUCUUUCACAUUAUCAUCUCUUUGAUCAAUUUUAUUUUCAUUAAUUUUGUAAUCUACAAUUAGCCUCUCAAGUAAAUUGGCCUCUUUUAUUCUCUUAU